AUGAAGCUUCUUAGCCUGAACUUUUUGACCUGCGCGGUCAAGGCCUGCAAGACCUCUACCGCCUCGUUCCCCCUCCAUCCCAAGGACGCGGAGCUGGCGCAGGACGACAUCGAGGUCAACCCCCAACUGCUGCUCAAUGUCCUGCCCCGCUUAGACUGGGCCGCGCUGAGAACAAACGCGACUGAGUUGGGCUUCCCCGAACUCCCCGCGGAGCCCCCCUCGGCCGAGCAGCUUGAGGGUGACGAGAAGAUGCUCAAGGACCUGCACCACCUGCUCAUGGAGACGCAGAUCAUGGAGGGCAAGCUGGUCUGCGGCAACUGCGGGCACGAAUACGCCAUCCGUGAGGGCAUCGCCAACUUUCUGCUGCCGAGUCACCUCGUCUAA